AUGCCCAACAAGCGGCGUCUCGAUCGACAAGAGGAUAUGCAACGACUGAACCGAAAGACUAACCUCGAGCGUCGAAGAAGGCUCUCGCGCGGCGGCAACUUAUACUCUUCCUCCUCCUUUUCCGAGCGCGGCGUGUGUCUUAUCGCGGGGCCGAUAACUGCGCGGCCGGGUGAGACAGCCGCUGGCAGCUCAUGUACCGAAGGCGGAAGCCACGCAAUUUCCUCGGCGGGCCAAGCUCGUGACGAAGGGCUUCCCCCGCGUGCACGGCGCGGCCAGCUCCUCACGUGGCGCGACCCAAGGACACGAUUCCGAGGCAGCUCGGGGCGCUCCCGCCCCGCAACCCAGGUGCGCUCGGCACGACGCAGCGCCGCAUUACAACGGCAACGACGCAGAAGCGUCAGAAAUGCUGCUGCGCGUUCGCCGGUGCGAGUCGCGGCUCGUCCGCGAACCACGCCCAACAAGCAUCGAGCAAUCGUGAAACCCAAGAAGAGGAAACAGGGAACAAAGGAACGUGGCCAACUGGUCCACCGGAGACGCUGGAAGAUCGUCGCAAAGCACGACAGGGCUCAGGCAGUCACUCUCAGACUUCUGCAAACAAGCACUUACCGGAGCCCCACGGCGCUGCACACAACGUACCCCGAACGCUACCCAAGCCUGGACUGCCCUCUGUGUGGUGAUUAUGCGGACUUCGAGCAUGUACUGUGGGGCGGCGCCUCUGCCGGUCCCCCUUUCACCCAAGAGGACAUGAUGAAGCUCGUUAGGACCCAGGCCCAGACCUCUCAAAUCCUGGCAGUCCAGAGGACUUGCGAGAGGGCCGUCAGGUUUCACCUGAUGGUCCCCGAAUGGGCCUAGCCAGGUGACGUUGAGUUACUCCCGCCUAUUGGGGACCAAAUAAAGUUUCACUCACUCACUCCCUCACUCACUCACUAGGGGAACUACAGGAUGGGCUCAGAUAAGGCCCACGCUUAGACGAUAAUACGUUUGCUAUUAACUGCAUGCAUAGAGUAGCCUUUCUCGAUAUUAAAGGAGCCUACGACAGUGUAGACAGGGGAUUGUUAUGGCGUAUUGUGAAGCGCGAACGCAUAAAUGACGUCUUCA